AUGAAAAUGCUUCUAAAAAUUGUGAUUAAGUCGUUGGCGGCAAUCAAAGAGCAACCUUCUGGAAUCGACCAGUUGUUACCUCUCAGCCAACAAACCAAUUCUGUUGUUCCACAUCCCGAUACCUUCAAGACAGCGGGCGAAUCAGCGAAGGAGCUACGGUCGAAUUGUGAUCAAUUAGAAGCGCUGGAAUCUCUCUUGAGUCAAACGUCGGGCAUUAGUCCCACCAUAACGAAUACUCUACGUGAGAUUCGAACAUCACUCACGAAGCUCGUCUCAUUCCGUUAG